UUCUUCCGGGUGGGGCCCCGGGCCGAGGCGAUGGCCCCCUGGGCGCUCCUCAGCCCUGGGGUCCUGGUGCGGACCGGGCACACCGUGCUGACCUGGGGGAUCACGCUGGUGCUCUUCCUGCACGAUACCGAGCUGCGGCAAUGGGAGGAGCAGGGCGAGCUGCUCCUGCCCCUCACCUUCCUGCUCCUGGUGCUGGGCUCCCUGCUGCUCUACCUCGCUGUGUCACUCAUGGACCCCGGCUACGUGAAUGCGCAGCCCCAGCCUCAGGAGGAGCUCAAAGAGGAGCAGACAGCCAUGGUUCCUCCAGCCAUCCCUCUUCGGCGCUGCAGAUACUGCCUGGUGCUGCAGCCCCUGAGGGCUCGGCACUGCCGUGAGUGCCGCCGUUGCGUCCGCCGCUACGACCACCACUGCCCCUGGAUGGAGAACUGUGUAGGGGAGCGCAACCACCCACUCUUUGUGGUCUACCUGGCACUGCAGCUGGUGGUGCUUCUCUGGGGCCUGUACCUGGCAUGCACCAGGCCCCUGUCCCCUGCCCUGCAGGUCAGGCCUCCAGUUCUUCCAGCCCUGGGGACUGUGGCUUCGAUCCAGCGGGCUCCUGUUCGCCACCUUCCUGCUGCUGUCCCUCCUCUCGUUGGUGGCCAGCCUGCUCCUCGCCUCACACCUCUACCUGGUGGCCAGCAACACCACCACCUGGGAAUUCAUCUCCUCACACCGCAUCGCCUAUCUCCGCCAGCGCCCCGGCAACCCCUUCGACCGAGGCCUGACCCGCAACCUGGCCCACUUCUUCUGUGGAUGGCCCUCGGGGUCCUGGGAGACCCUCUGGGCUGAGGAGGAGGAGGAGGGCAGCAGCCCAGCUGUUUAGGGUUGCUAGAGGCUGGGCUACUAUCUUGUGCCUGAAAACCAGGGGACCUGUCCCCAGCUAGGGUCAGCCCUCGGAGGGCCUGGGGCCGCUCACUCCUGCCCACUCCUCCCAGGCCCCAGAACUGAACUUCAAGACAGACAGAUCCCUGCCUCGGUGGGCAGUUCUGCCUUCCAAGGAACAAAGGGAAAAAAGGACUUGUGGGCAGCUCAGGCCCAAGCAGACCCCGAGCUCCACCCCAGCCCCACCCAGGCGACUGCCAGUGCACACUUUUACAAAUUUAAUAGUCUAUAAAGCAAGUCUAGUCUUAAAAAGACAAA